GCUUGAGUCCUAACCCUUCUUUCCUUAAGCAGCGGACGUGACAAACGUGGUCCAAAGUGUGAUAUUACAGCAUGCUAGCAUUAACACAUUUGUGAAACACUACAGUGUGGGCAUACAUGUCGACGCCCAGGCAAUUGUCCGGGGUUUACCGGCCCAAAAGCAGUUAAUGCGCUUUGCCACUUCUAUGAGUCGGUCAAUUAAACCCCGACGACCGUACAAGCUCGACGACACCAGCUGUGUCAAUGAAGUACCUCGCGUGCGCGCUUUGCAGGAAUACGUUCGUGAACGUACAAUCAUGGAUCGGAUGAUGAGGGGACCACGGACGAGAAAGGCUCGGAGCCAUAUUACUCCGAUAGUUCCUAGACCUCUGAACGGCUUAGAAGUGCAAUGAACCUUUCGCAACUAAAGGUCGGGAAUUUAGGUUGCCUAUUUAUCUAGUAUCAUGGCUUGAGCAAUACUGCAGGU